AUGUCGCUGGUGUUCAAGCUCCUCUUCAACUUUCUUUCAAAACUGCCCAGGUUUAUACGUGAGCGCAUCAUGCCGGACAUGCUUAUCCCCCCGAUAUCGAACAACCCUUCCAAGGUCCAAUUAGACCGCUUAGGUCAUUUUUACUUCGAGCAUCCCGAUCUAGAGAAAUUCAGCAAAUUCGCUGCAGACUUUGGCUUCGUCGAGGAAAAAAGGACUAAGGACAGGAUCUAUUUCCGCGGAUACGGCAAAGACCCGUACGUGUAUGUAGCGACCAGGAGUAAGGACGGCAAGCCUAGAUUCCGCGGUCCGGCGUUCGUUGCUCGGUCACAGGAGGAAUUCGAGAAGGCUGCGAAACUUCCUGGGGCCAUCAUGGGUUCUUUAGAAGAUACACCCGGCGGGGGUAAAAUAAUAACUUUCAACCGAACUGACAAUACUCUCUUUCAUAUUAUCUACGGUCAGACAGAGCGAGAGACUGGUUCACAAGAGGCGACCGCUACACACGAGCAACAAGGACCCUACAACAGAGCAUUUGAAAAGCCCCGCAAGGGCAAGUUCCAGCGGUAUCACCCAGGACCUGCGCUCGUCCACAAGGUUGGUCACUUUGGCUAUGUUUGCCCCGACUUCGACAAUGAACUGGCGUGGUACACGGACAACUUCAACUUCGUGCCGUCCGACAUCCUCUAUCACUGGGACUUCUCGAACAUGGAUGUGCUAACCUUUAUGCAUCUCGACCUCGGCGAGGAGUACUCCGACCACCACGUCUUCUUCAUGCAGCGGGCGGAGCCGGAGGUGAAGAAGACAUUUGUUCACCACACGUCCUAUGAGGUUGCAGAUAUGGACACGCAACAGCUCGGACACGAGUGGCUGGCGUCAAAAGGCUGGAAAAGCAUCUGGGGAGUGGGUCGACACGUCUUAGGUAGCCAAAUCUUUGACUAUUGGGCGGAUUCGAGUGGUUUCAAGAUUGAACAUUACGCGGACGGUGAUCUAGUGAACAAAGACACACCAACAUCAAGAGACGUGGUGGGCCCGUUCUCGAUUUGGGGACCAGAAGUACCGAAAGAUUUUGGCGGGAAGGGCGCAUCACCAAGUUGA